UUUAUUAUUUUUUCUAGUGAAAAUGGCUGCCUUUCAGCUUUAAACCACAGCGGUUCAAGGGGGAAAAAUAUCCAUCCCAUAAAACAGAAUUAACACGAUCGCUUAGAAAGAAACCAUCUUGCGGUUCAAGAAUGUCCAUAUUCCUGCGUAAAUAACAUUAUGCUUUUGCUUUCAAGAAUGGAAGAUAGAGCUAUUUCAUGUUUAACCCAUUACAUUCCGUGAUCUGCGUUCCAGAUGAGAAAAUGAUGCACCAAGUAUCCAGCAACAGCAACGACUAUGGUCUGGGUAGCAUUGGGGAUGAUGGGCAACACCCAGCCAGUCACUUUGACUUGUGCAGUUCACAAUCCAACAAAUUUUUCCCCACUGCCCCACCUCCCUCAUUACAACUGCCACUCCCAAACUUGCCCCCCUUGCCACAGAGGAUGAUCAAGCCCAUGUCCUGUCAGAUGCAGGACUCUCAGAAUGAAUUUCACUCCCAAACCGUUAGAAUGAGGGCUGCAGAUGCUCCAGAGGGCUCCAAAAAAAAGAAAGGCCUUGGGAAGUCCGGACGACGAGGCAGGCCCUCGGGUACCACUAAGUCUGCAGGCUACAGGACAAGUACGGGACGACCGCCCGGCACCACCAGAGCAGCGGGUUUUAAAACCAGCCCAGGACGGCCACUGGGCACCACCAAAGCAGCAGGUUACAAGGUGAGCCCAGGUAGGCCUCCAGGCAGCAUUAAAACUCUGGCAAGGCUUAACAAACUUGACUAUGGCGCAUGCAAUGGUGCACCGUUCACUUACACCAUGAUGCAGAAGAGGGCCUUGUGUGAAGCCACUGUGAAAGAGAAAGACACUACUACCACCGAGUGAAAACAGUUUUUUUAUUUAUUUGCAAAAAGGGUGAACUCGGGAUGUGGGUGCAUGUCCAAAGUCACAGUGAAUUGUGUUUGAGACGUCAAAUUCUUGCAAGGGAGAAAAAACAAAAUUUGGAUUUUGAUACUUCAAAUCAAGUGUAUGUGCAAGUGUUAAUCUUUUGUGUAUGUUUUUCCAAAGACCAUUAGUAUUACCUAUUUCGCUAUGACGUAUGUUAACCUACUGUACAGAUGUGCAUGACGGUGGUAUUGUGAAAUAAAGUUACAUAUUUGAACACAUAUUAAUCUUUUCAGUCUCUUAGACUUUGCUCAAGUGAAUUGUUGAGAGAACUGCAAUUGUGUUGUUUUACAUUUAACUUUACCUUUUACUUAAUACUUUUGAUGUAAAGUUACUGAUGGGAACAGUCUUAACCACUCAUAGUUUGUCUCACUCUAGAUUUUAGGACAUUGCAUUUAACUUGAAAAAAUUUACAUUUACACUCCUCUGUUCCCCUGAUGUGUAUGUGAAAGUGCUCUGUUUGUAAUGUCCAAAGAUAUGUUUAUCUUUUUGUUGUUAUUGUAUUUAUGAAAUGUCUGGUGCCCUUUUCAUACAGAGACAUGUUGAAUUUUGAUAAAAAUGUCAAGUCACUUUCAGCAAUGGCAUAAUCUUUACACAUGCUCUUGUAAAUAUAAAUGUGAGUUUAUACCAGCCAGUGUGUUCUGUUCAACCCAAAAUUGUUUUGCUGAUCAAUGAUCCACUCUUAAAUACCAUGUAUUUAACCACUGGACUAAAACAAGUCUCAGUUUUGUGUAACCUAAUACACAUGAUCUGAUCAAAAAAAAAAAAAAAUAAUAAUAAA